AGGUGGCUGUGUUCGAAAUAUCGGCCGAGGAGAACCGCGCUCUCCCAUCGGGUUCUCUCUUCAGUGCGACGCGCGACCUAACGCCGGCAGGACCGACGCCGCUUUCGCCCUCGUGUGAAGCUGAACGAGACGAUCUGCGAAGUAUCCACGAGACGAGGGAGAAAGCUCGAAAAUCGGAUAGGAUCGAAAAAUCGCGGCGGAACGCCGACCGCAUAGUCGUCGAGUGAGUCGACGUGGCACACUGCAAAGCAUAUCCUCUUUAUAUAUAAAGGACAUGUAUAUUUUAUAACGGAAUAUACAAUAUUAGAACGGAUUUCUUACGUGUCCAUUUUACUUAAGCGUGACUGGCGCAAUUCUUAAUGUGACAUUUUAUCUAUGUAUGACAAUGUCUUUUAUAUAAAUAGGACUGAAAAUAAUUAUUAUAGAAUAGACGUUAAACCGGACAUUAUAAAGGAUGUGGUCCGGACAUUAUAAAGGAUGUGGUCCGUCAUGUAUAUUAAAGCGGACGAAAUAAACAAAACUAUGCUGGCAACGCAAUAUGGCGCGAGCGGUAGCGAUAGCUUUGUCGUUCACUGUUACAACAGUCUGUUAGCUUGUCUGCUUUGACGGCCGUUCUCUUCGCAGUUGUGAUGAGUGUUUUUGUUGCUAAUUGUUGGUGCUAGUUGUGGAUGUCGAUCGGCGCGGUGGCCGUCGCGGUGGGUAUGCGGCAUGUGAUUGCGAAUUUGGGUUGCUUCCCGAGGAUGGUGACGCGGGUGUGUGCUCCUCUUGCGGGCAUUAUUCGCCUAUGAGCGUGUGAGAAAAGAAGCACACGUUUGCGUUGUCAUCCGCGGGAGACAACUCAAAUUCGUCGCGGUCGCAUGCCGUGCAUUUGCCGCGGUGGUUGCCUCGUCGAUCAGUGCCCGUGUUGGCACCAACGGUUAGCAAUAGAGAUGUUUAUUGCAACUGAGGGGAGGGCAGCCGUUAGGGCGGACAUUAGUCCGUUCUAUUUAUGAAGGACAUUAAAGACAAUGUCCUGCAUAUAUAAUUCCGUUUUAAUUUCACACUUAUCUAAAGUGGAAAAAAAGUCAUUUUUUUCCAUUAUAGUUUCGCGGAAUUUAGAGCGGAUGUGUUUUGCAGUGCAUCGUGGGGGAGGAUCAUAUAAACGAAAGAAUCGAUCUUGUUGGAAAAGAAGGAUAAAUAAGGAGACAGAGUCAACAGAGAGGAAAUUUGAAUCGAUAUUCUCUGAGAAAAUUGGCGCAGGGAAAAUCUUUUCAGUCAAGAAUUAUCGGACGGUUUAUUCAAUCUCGAUUUAUACAACACGACAGAAUAAUCUCGGGGGCUGACGAGAAACGCGAUAGAGAAUUGAAUCGAUCGCGCGGGAAAAAAAGCCGACGCGGGGAAUAAAAAUUUUAAGAACAAAUGAUACGCGAGCGCCGUUUGGAAAAUAUGAAAAUGCACGAAUUGUUUCGAGAAUAAGAAUUGAAAAGUUCGGCAAAACGAGCGGAAGAAAGUCCCGUUGCGAGAGAAAAUUACCGGAGGAAACGCUGCACUGCCAGAAUGUCCUCGUCGGUGAAAAUUGAAGAUGCCAGGCAUUACAUCGGGCCGUCGUCGGAAAUUAAAAAAUACGCUCCCGUGCUUUGAGAAAAGCAGGAGGAAUCGAGGAGAAGAAGGAGAAGGAGGAGAAGGAAAAGAGGUUGAUCGGAGGAGAGGCGGAUAAUCGAGAGAUAUCACGCGAUCAUCGCGAGAAGCGAAUGAUAAUUGCUGGCGAAACGUUCGAUCGAGCUCGGCUUCGCGUCGAGAGAGCUGCCCGAAGGAUCGCGGCGAGCUAUUUCCCCGGUGGCAAGCCUUGAAACGACGACGAGCCGAUCGAUUUCUCGAAGGAUAAUAACACUCCGGACCUCCCGCGGUCCCCGCGAGAUACGUGGAACGCGUAUCCUUGGCCCGAUUCGCGCCGUUAACGAGGGUCUCGAGAGGUGUUUAUUUUUUUUCUUUCGCCCCGUUCCCGUUCGGAAACCCUCGCGCAAGGGUUGCAACCCCGGCUGCCAACCCGGAACGGUCCCACGCUUUCGCGUCCGACUUGUGGACUCGAGUUACCUAACGAGUACAGAUCUCUUAAUUCUUUUUCCGGACUAUGCCAGUCCUGCGAGCUGUGGGCCGAAACUGAAUUGCUCUCUUACGAAAAAAUUCUAAUUUAAAGUUGCAGCCGGUCGGCCGUACGUGCGAUAGAAUCACGUGAUCGCGCGGUCAGAAUCAAGAAUAGCGUUAAUCCAGAUCUGCGCUUUCGAACUUUCGGUAGCGCCGUGCAUACUAGAUAAUCUGCCUAAAACGGCCCGCUAUCAGUGGCAGAACUCUCAUUGAUGUCUACAUCGAUUCAAGUGAAUAUUACCGAGAUUAACGCGAAGCGAAUUUACGAGGUAAUAAAGCGAACAGAGAUCGGCUGUCAGACAGUAAUUUCCGGUAUAACAAUUUUGACCUUUUGAAUUCGUCAACUGGAAGAGCGAUCGCGACAGACGGCGUGUAACUGUGCAAUAAUUUGUUACAUUGUUACGUUGCUGUUACGUUUCUCCAGUAACAAUAACUUGUCGUUAAUAAAAUCGUGGAUGUAAUUAAACGGUAAAGAGAAUAAGGAGGAAAUAAGUGGAAGGAAGAAUUCGCAAUAAUGGAUGGCGGACGACGAGGCACGCUGGUGCGUGCUGAAAGGUGAAUAGGAACGCGUGAGGUGUUUCCCCGAGGAGCUCGUUCGCUCGUCGAUCGCGAUACUUAGCGCAAUCGCGCCACGUGUGAGGAUCGGCCGAUGUGACUCUUGGCUCGUGACGGCGCGGAAACGUACGACAUCUCAUAGAAACGAAUAUGAGAGGAGGGAUACGUGCGGCGACGAACAGAAGCCGGCCGUAAUCUCCGGAACGUGAACUCCGGUGAGUAAGAUGGAAGAGUCUUCCGCGGAAUAUUUGCCCAGCGGAAAUGCAUUUUGAUCAUCAGCCAGCUCUCUUUCGCCGAGCAGGAGAAGCCGCUCGUCGUUAAAAUCUCUCUUGGUGUUAAGUAGAAAGCGGAAAUAAUCUUCAGGGCAAAACUUUACUAACGAUUGUUCUUGGAAAUUUUACGCGAGCAAAUCUGGAGGAGGAAUGAGAAUCGAAAAUUUGGGAUUCUUAAAUAAAUAACUGGACCUCGCGCAUAAGAAUAGGGCCCCGAAAGAUCGGGGACCUCGAUCUGAAGGCACAUCGCGGUCCGUAUCAGCAGGAAAUUAAACGACUUCUUAUCUUCGAGUCAACCUGUUCGUUCGGAGCUGCGACGACUGCGAAUCGAAUUCGUCGCGAGGCGAUGCGCCAUUUUAACACAAUCAGCUUAAUCAUUAUACGCUGCCACGGAAAGCGAAGCACUCGAUGAAUUUAACGCGGAACGUAAAAACAUUGUAAUUUAUCAUAGAAAGGGGAGUAGUAGCCAAAAAAAGGGUGUUUAAAAACUUGGCGGUCUAUCGAGUGGAAACCUCGCCAGGCGAAACACAGCAAUUGCGGAACUUAAUCGAUGCGCCACGAAGUGCAGAGGAAAAUUUACGAACGGUACGAGACGCACAUCAAGCAACGAUAUAUAUAUAUAUAUGUACAUGCGAAGAUUAGCGAGGAUUAUAAAAUUUACGAGGCCAGCGCAGCGGUUGAAAAUCACCACCGAGAAAAGACGCACCCGUAAAAACUGCGCGCAACGUGAAAGCACCGAGAGGGAGGAAAAAUAGAAAAAUUACCGCACGGCACUUGGUUCCCUCAAUAAAAGGACAGUAAAGAAAAAGGGAGAGAGACAAGGAAAAGAAAAAGAGAAAGAGAGUCUCUCGAUUUUUCGCACGAGAAAAGAGGCAGCUGCUGCCGGGCGACCUCGCCCCGAAACGGUGUCUAAUUAAGCCAGAGAGUGGAAACGCCGGGCGAGCAGGUGAAGGAGGGCCCGACGGCGCCUAAGAGCGGCCUCAUACGCGGUCUCGUACGCCGAUUGAGCAGCGGCGGAACGGGGCGAUCGGCUCGCUCGAUUGUCGGCGGCGGCAGGUCCAAAGGUGCUGGAGGUGGUGGAGGAGACAACACGAGUCCCAGCGGUGGUUGCGUCCUUGCAGUUGGACAGCAGCCGGUGGCGGGAGCCGAUAGCACCACGGUGUCCGCAUCCGGGACUCCCCUUGGUGGCCGCGGUAUCCCGAGCCGACGGUCCAGCCGCGAUCUAAGCCCCUCGAAGAAGUCGUCGUCGACGUCGUUGGUGACCGCGGGGCAGCAGCAGGAUGCGGCGACGAUGGUGGUGGCCGGCAGCCACGGGGUCGGUGGUAGCGCCGAUACGACCCCCGCGUCGUCAUCGUCGCCCGGUGGCGGACAGGAUUGGCGGAAGCUAGUCGGCAGCAUAAGGCGCAAGGUGCGCCGCAAGACCCCUCAGAACAGCUCCAGCAUAACCGAGGCUGCUCUGCAGGACCCGACGAAUCGCAACCAGGAUGACUUCCUCAAGGCCGCGAUGAGGAUCUUCCUGGUGGUGUCGCCGCCGAUGGGGCGCAUUCAGGUACGUUCGAGGUCACUGACUCAAUUGGACUCCCUGAGUGGCAGCAUGUUGGACACGGGGGAGCAUCAUCUGGAGGGUGAUCCCUCGCAGCAGCAGCCCCAUCAGCUGCACCACCAUCAGCAGGCCCAUCAGCUGCAGCAGCAUCCUCUCGGUAUCGAGUGCAACCGGAUUCGAUUUCUCGCGCCGAACGCAACGCCCGCCGAGAUCGUAAACUCCAAUCGCAGGCACAAACUUUCGCGAUCUCAGGUAUCCAGUAACGAAUACUUCAGCGUCAGUUUCGAGGUGGGCGAUGACGCCACGUGUACCUUCGACCGGGAGGAGUUUCUGCCGGCUACGCGGGGCACUUACCUGGUGGAUGUGCUGAGCCCGGCCUGCGAGCGUCGUGGUGUCGAUUUAUCGCGCGUCGAAGUCCUGGACAGUUCCUCGACGCCAUUAUCGAUACUGACGACAGACGCCUCCACUCUCGGCGGAAAACAUCUGCGAGUAAUCGUUAAGGACGAAAAACUGAAUUCUCGAACGCCGAGCCAAAGAGGAAAUCAGAACGUGCUGCUACGGAAAGCCAGCGGGAACUAUCGAAGUCGAAGCGGUCGUUUCUUCAGCGUAUCCACCGAGGACACGAAUGUCGACCUCGAGGUCGGCGUCUGCACAACGCUCUCUUCCGGUCGGAGUUCCGCCGGAACCACGGGAGGACUCAAGGCCAGUAAACAGCGAUGGAGCGGGUUCUUUACCAACACCAAAGGUAUCAAAAUGGACCUGUUAACCACCCAACUGGACGAGUACAAUAAGCACGGCGUGCCGAAACUCGCAAACGUUCAUUCGCAGUGCGACGUGACGAUCAACGAGGAAGCUCUCUACAAUUUGGAGGGUGAUUGGCGCGACAUCGUCGAGAAUUCGCAGAUGCUCUCGGAAAAACAGGCCCAGCAGCAAACCGCGCUCUGGGAACUGGCGGAGACCGAGGUGGCUUAUAUUAAGACGUUAAAGGUUGUGACCGAUCUCUUCAUGGCAUGUCUCUGCAGCCUGCAGGCCUCGAAUAUCCUGAUCGAGGUCGACAGACUGAAACUCUUCAACAAUAUACCUGAUAUCUACGCUGCCAAUCGCUACUUCUGGACCGAGUAUUUGCUUGCGAUGGUGAACGCGUCGAGAUCGAGCGGCCAGUCGCUCGAUCCCGGUCAUCUUCUGGUGGGCUUUGAAACUUUUGAGCAGAUAUUCGCACCUUACACGAGAUACUGCGCCGAGCAGAGCAAGUGUCAGCAAUAUUGUAAGGAUCGGCUGAAUGAUAAUCAGCUUUUCACGGCGUAUCUGGUGUGGUGCGAAACGCAGAAGGAUUGCAAUCGACUGAAACUUAUGGACAUACUAGUGAUGCCGAUGCAGAGACUUACCAGAUAUUCGCUUUUACUCAAGGCCGUUUAUAAGAACACCGAGAACGAGGAGCAACGCGCGGAAUUAAUACACAUGAUCAAAUCCGUGGACGGUUUUGUGGCGUCCGUGAAUGCGGCGCUAAGAAGAAACGAGGAGGCUGCUCAGUUGGAGCACGCGGCCUCGCGUUUGGAAUGCUACGACGUCGUGGAAACCAAAGGACUUGACGAGGAAGUAGAGAAACUGAUAAGAUUGUACAGCAACCUCGAUAUUACUACGGCGCCGAUGCCCGGUUGUCCGAAGGACAGCUUGAGAACUCUUCUUCGAGAGGGAGACUUGAAGCUAAGAGACGCUUCUACCAGUAAGAUGGAGGUGCACGUACUAUUGUUGACCGACAUGCUGCUGAUUUGUAAGCCGUCGACGAAGAAAAUGUUAAAGAUCAUUAGGCAGCCAUACGUCGUCGACCGCAUACGGAUACACGAGGUCAAGGAGCCGUCCAGUCUGGGAUUGGUUUAUCUUAACGAGUACGGAACAGUCUCGGCCGCUUUAAUCCUCAGCGCCGGUGACCCGAAACUAGCUAAGUCGUGGAUGGAAUCCUUGAAACAGGCCCAGCAGCAAUUCGUAUCGAUGAAAGUUCCGUCGCUCGGUGAGCCUGUGAUGAAUCUGGCGACUGUCAGCAGGCAGCCGAGCACAUUGGGCGAUGGCGAUUUCGAAGUGGAGGAGUAUGACAACACCUUCCCAAGAACUCCGCGCGGCAGUAGCAGGGCCUCGCAUGUCAGUAGUCUCGCUCAUAGUCACAGUGGUAGCAUGGAGAUGGAAGGUGCUUCUCCGGGCAGCAGCAGUUUCCUACCGAGCUACAACCCUAGUAGGAACGUCAGCGUGGAUACAAACGAACAACCACGAGCAUCAAGCUCACUGUCGUCGGAGGAAGGCGGCGAAUCUAGCUCCGGACACAAUCAUCGAUCUGUGCACAUGAGGCGCUCGCUGAUGAAUAAAUCACCAACGCCGAAUACGCUGAGCGUCCAGGUGCCAUACUCAAGUCUGGGUCAAUCGCUGCCUAAUUUAACGCUGGCCACCUCGCCGCAAACUUCCACCGUGUCGCCGACGCCGCCAAACUCACUGCUGAUCGUGCCGCAGAUGACCAAGAGCAAGGACACGCUGCUUUCACCAGGACAACGAGGUAUCUCCUACCCACCACCAUCGCCGCCGCGAGGUGCUCUCAGGCGGGGGUUCGCACUACCGCAAUCCCGAAAUCCGCCUUUGAUGAAAACUAGGCACGUGAACGCGUCUCUAACACAACCGACGCAAGUAACUCUGGGGAGUUCCGACACUGAAGUUAUCGAGGAGAGACGAAGGAGGCUAGAUCCUUCGCAAAGAGUACCGUCAACGAGCAGCAUCAUCGAGGAAAAGAAAUGACUAGCGAAUUGACCUGACAAAAGAAUUUCCCGAACGUUUGGUAUAGACCACACCGUCGACAUGGAUGUACGUGAUAUGUAAAGGUUCGACGUGAUAUGUAAUAAUGCUCGAUGUGGAUGUACGUGAUAUGUAAUGCUCGACGAGAUGCAUUCUUCUCUCUAUGUGUGUGAGUGCUGCAUACACUUUCACGCAGGAAAUUCGAGGAGCAUUGAGGAUUGAUUGUCUCGCACUCUUUGAAAACUCUUAGAAACAAAACGAGUCAAACAAUACUUUACAAUCGAUUGGGGCCAUUUGACAACGUGUGAAGUUUGUACCACGACCGUAUCACUACUUUUAUCUCGUUAUCUCCUUGUAAUUCGUAGAUGUCUCUUUGUAAUAAUUAAAUCGAGUCCGAAUUGUCCGCAAUUAAUAUCGCAUCGCAACAUUGGAUUACCGCGUGUGGUAUUAAGUACAGACUUUGACUUGGACUUUUAAGUCGACGAACAAAAAGGCCUACUUAGAGUAAUUACAUUAAGAUUACAUAGUAAAUAGUAGGGCCGCAGCUAGCAUAUAAGACGCCUUUGUAAAAGAGUUCAUUUAGGCGCCUUACGGUAGAACAAAAAUGUUUAAAGGAUCGAAGAAUUGAAAAUUGAUCUUGAGCUUGAAAACUGAGAAUGCGCAAGAGUACAAGUUGGCGUCUAUCCUUUCCUUUUCCCAAUAUCGGGCACAAUGCCCACCAAACGACCAAAAAAAAGAAGAUCUUGAGUACAAUUGCCUUGUUCAGGCAUCAUGCCUUAAUGAGGAAUAUAGGAGCAUAGGAAGACAUCGAAACCAAAAUGACAGGUUUUAAAGUGCUGCGCGUUUAUUCUAAAGAAAGGUGAAUCAAUUUGACGCUCGGUGCGAUACGCAAUCGACAUCGCGCAAGUAAGACAUCGAAAUUAUGGGAAUGACCGUUCUAUUUGGCUAAUAUAUUGACUUUGCCUAAAAACUAAUUUUAUCCUCCGUUCAAUUAUUCCAUUACAAAAAAUGAUUAACUAUAUAAACGAGUAACUUUAUUAAUGCAUUUUGAACAUGAUCGAAGAUUAUGAAAGACAUAUCGCAAAAUGUCUUCUACUCAUUUUACUUUUCGUUUACUUUGCGCUAUUUCCUGGUGUGUUGCUCUGUAAAAUUGUUAUUAAAUAAUAGAAUAAUGACGUAACGAUUCAUUUAAUGUCAUAUGGCAUCGUUGAAGCUUGAAUUAUAACAGAUCUUUUACCCUUAAUAAAGAAAAAAAAUUAAAAUACAUCAAUUUAAACAAUUACUUUAAAUAUAGUUUAAUUCUCUCUUACAUUCGUUACAUUUUUACAAAUUAUUUUAAAGUUUUUUCUUUGACAUUUUUCCCAUUUAUACAGCAUUCUUGCGCGGCGAUCAUGAUAGAUGUUAGAACUUAUGAUUUAAUAGAUGGGAAAUAAUAAACAUCUCUAGAGAUCUAAAAGAAAGAUCGUAACAGAUGACUGGACGGAAUUUAUUCCUACGGGGCGUAAAAUAAAUAUAAGAGAAACUGAAAUACGCGUUAUAUUAAGCGGAUAUCUCGCGAAGAGAUGUAUGUCAAGAGAUACGCAUCGUCUAAGAACAAUAGCAGUGUACAACAAUCAAUUGCGUUUCAAUCAAAAUGGGAAUAACAGUCGCUUUGUCCUUUCCACUUGACUAAUACUCCCCUUGCCCUCUACCAAUUUUACGUUCCGUUCAGCUAUCUCGUUACUUCUUUGGGAAAAGAUUCAAUGGUUGUGUCGAGGUAUUUGUGUGUCGUCAACGUAUGUGGUCGAAGAUUGUGAAAAGAAACGGAUCAUAAAUAUUGUGCUGACUUCCUGAUAAAAACGCGCUUUAGCAUUUUGGCAAGCGGGAGGACAAAGUACACAAAAAAAAAUGAACACAAGAGUGAGAUGUUUAUUUUCAAGCACAAAUUCGAUUUGACGACAUGUCACACUCCAGAAUGAAAAAUCAGUAUGAUUAAUCACUCUGAACGAGAUGUUACCAAAUUGAAUUUUCUACACUCAAAAAAGAACUGUUUAAUUUUAAGAUUUAAAAUGUUUUCUAUCUCCAUUUUUCAAAAAUAAAAUGUUAGAAAAUUUUGUUUUAAACGGUGUUCAGAUUUAAAAUAUUGAAACUUUUUAAACUUUAACAGCUGUAAAGCAUUUUAGCAUUUUAGUAUUUUAAAUUUAAUACAAAUGUGCGAUUCAAAGUUUUUUAAUACCAAAUCGAAUUAAAUUUUUAUUUCUUUAUUUAAAUUCGAAUCGAACCAAAUCGGCAAAAUUUUCUCCGAAUUAAAUUGUUAAAACUUAAUUAGUAACAUAAUUAUUAAGUUGAAUAUAAAUACAUAAAAAAUAUGAUUUUAUUAUAUAUAUAUAUAUAUAUGAGUCAUGUUAAAACAGUUUGUACAUCUCUAAAAUCUAAACAUUCAAAAACUAAAACAUUUUUAAGUAUGUAUUUCAAAAUCAAAGACAAAAAUAUUUUAAUAUCUUAAAAAUAAACACUCCUUUUUUAAAUAUAUUCAGAAUAAAUUACCUGCCUAGAAAUAUAUAACAUUAGGUGCAAUAAAAAUGUCACACCUGUCUAGAGAUAAUAUUAUGUAGAAGAGAAAAAUAGAGAGAAAAAGAGAAAACAGAGAUACAGGGAAAGAAAAAGAGCAAUGUGAUUUUAUAUGAACUCCUGUUCGGUUCCUCUCGUUCCCUCGAUUCGUAUUGUUUGCUCUUAUAAACAUAAAGCAUUAAUUAUCUUCUUCCAUGAAAAUACGAAUCAUAUGUAUGUACGAUUAUAUUCGAAAAUUAAAAUAUAAUACAUAAUUUAUUAA